UCAUUCCGUACUGCUGACUGCGUGGUUAACGAAACAAUUAUCGAGAUUUGCUGAUGUGCUAUUUCUUCGUUACGUGACUGCAUUGAUUCUGGCACACAAAAUGUUAUUUCAAAACGGAUAGCAUGCGUCGCUUCGCAAUAAUCUUGGUGAUGAUAAACAUUGUGUUGUGUCACCCCGCCCCGCUCCGGGUGACCAUUGACUGUGGAUCUGAUGAGGACUCGGCGCAGUACUCGAGCUCCAGAUCAGCGGAGUUGCGCGGCAACUCCCGCUUCGAUAUGGACUCUUUCUGCAGCAUGAUCCAGCGCGCCAUCCCCAAGGCCAUCAAGAACGGGAAGUUCAUCCUGCGGGACUCGGACCAGGCUGGCGCCGGCGACACGCAGGCCCCCGUCGCCGUGCUACCCCCGGGCGGCUUCAUACCCAAGCUGAUGAGCCUACCCAGGAGAAACAUCGCCAAACUCGGAGUUCCCAAGCUCCCAGUGCCCAAGCUGCGCCCCAAUAACGGGAAACUGCCGCCCAAAGUUGGAAAUCCGAUGACCUUCGCCUCCCUGAGAGAUUCCGACGAGGAGCAAACCAGUGCAGAGCGCAUGGAGAUCUUCAAGAAGGGCGUACAGAAGAUGCUGCAUUUCGUGAAAGUUCUCGGACAAAUAGACCAGUAUUUGUCCGAAAGAACGAGAAUAAUUGUAGACAAGCUGUCCAAGACUUUUGCUGAUUGAUAACUGAAUAUGAUUAUGUGACAAGUUAAAUCUUAUAAACAAAUUACGCUUCA